CAUAACGAAGCCGGCUCCCUACUUCCUCCUAACUUCCGUGAGACAAGAGGCUCUGAAAAGACUCCCAAAAAACCUUUCUGGGUAACUUCUCUGUUGGCGAUUCAAUCAGCGAUACACUCCUUAAAAACAAUCAAGAUGUCUUCCUAUGAGGAGAAUGAUUCCAAGUUGAUGCGAAAAGUAAAGGAGAAUCCAUUUGUACCAUUGGGAAUGGCUGGAUUCUUUGCCAUCGUGGGGUACAGACUGAUGAAAAUGAAAAGCCGGGGAGACACAAAAAUGUCAGUGCACCUGAUCCACAUGCGUGUCGGUGCUCAGGGCUUCGUGGUUGGAGCCAUCACUGUUGGGGUCCUGUAUUCAAUGUACAGAGAUUAUAUCGUAAAGCCCAGAGAAGAACAGAAAGCAGCGGAACAAAAGUGAACAUGGACUCUGACAUGUUAUGUCCCUUAAUAUUGCCUCAGAUUAAGGUGUGUAGAAAAUGUAUUUUUAGAAUUUGUUAAUGCAAACACCCCUCAGCAGCUCCCUGCUACUGUAAAUAGGUAUAACAUAUUGAUUACACUUAUCCUCCAGGUACUAUACCAGAAGGUCAAGCUAUCACUUCUGCACUAUGAGGUGUACUGAUGUCAUCUUUUAGUACUGAUUACACUGUGUUUGAUACCUGUGUGGACAGGUGAUAAUACUGAUGGUUUUGUUGGUUCCUAUUUGAACGGUGUGUGAGUGAAAUAACAACUAGACAAUGUAGCAGAUCAUUUGAAAACAGUCCGACUAAGUCUAGAUUUAAUAUCCACUAACUGCAGGUAGGCUGAUCUUUUUUUCCUUGUAUUUAUUUUGUUGUGUCACACCAGCGAUAUAAUAUUUUAUAUACUGAUGUAAGGAUUUUUUGCCAAAUGGAAUAGGCUUGUACCGAAGCCCACUUGUUUUUAAAGGGCAUCCCAGUGCAUUAUGGGUAUGUUAUGGAAGGCUUUGUCAACAUGUGGUCUAGACAAGGCCUAUUCUAUCACAUCAUUUAAACAACAAGGGCACAAAUGAUUUGUAAUUUACCGCAAUAUCAGAUUAUAAACAAAACAAAUAUAUAAAGUUAUCACAUGGAAAUUGAAAAAGGAACACAAGUCUUGAAACAAAGUCAUAAAUGUAUUUUAUUUGUAGAAAAUACAUUUGUGAUUUCAUUCAAUAGCCAAGUCUUUUCCUCUCAUAUUUGUAUCAUGUUGUGAUAUACAGGGGUCCAAUACUAGUUUACAUGAGACAUAAACCCAGGUACACCUGUAGACUGUGCAGUAACCUAUAAUAUAGGACCUCAACCUUGUGAUAUGCUUACAAAUAAGAUGCCUUGUUAAGUUAUUCACAAAGUACAGUUUUUAAUGUGUACAAAUACAGAACAUGUUCAUUUUGAAAGUUUCUUUGUAUUGAUUUGUUUUUUUCUUCUGGAAAUAGCCAGUGUUGUAAUUGUGAAAUUCUGUCGUGUAUGUUUUGAAACCUCAAAUUGCACUGCAAAUAUGUUUUGACUGUUGUGGCUUAUUUAACAACACAUGUGACAUGUUGAUUAUGUACACGUGGAUGAAACUAAUACAGUCUGGCAAUAGUCAACAGUUAGUCUGUGUUAGAAAACACCUCCGAGUAGAACAAGGUGCAAUUCAAUGGCACCCCAAUCUACAGCCUCCACAGUAACUUUAACCUUCUAUAAAACAGGAAAACAUAAAAUCAUCAUUUUGAUUACAACAGUGUUUAGGACUAUUAGUUUAAGUUAGGUGUUCCUAGCUUACUGUCCUUUAAGUGUAGAGUUGUUCUUGUAUGUUUGGUCAAACAAAAACUCCUGGAAAUCCGAAACAGUUUAGUUCUCUCUUUGUUGUGCACCAGUUGGUGUCUUAACAAAUUCCAAACAAUAAAACCAUGACACAUUUAUAUCUCUGCUCUAUAACUUCAAAUAAAACUACUGGUAUUUUAGUGUU